GACGCAUGAGAUUUUAAAACAUUGUCCUUCUCAGUAAUGGCGGCUUCGUUCCCUUCGCUUUCGCUAAAUAACAAUAAAUGGUACUUCACGCGCGAACAAAUCGAAAACAGCCCAUCUCGCCGAGCGGGACUUGAUCCCGACAAAGAGCUCUCGUACCGACAGCAAGCUGCUAACCUGCUGCAGGACAUGGGACAGCGGCUCAACGUGUCUCAACUUACAAUUAACACUGCCAUUGUGUAUAUGCAUCGGUUCUACAUGAUCCAGUCCUUCACUCGCUUCCACCGGAAUGUGAUUGCUCCUGCAGCUCUAUUUUUAGCCGCAAAGGUGGAAGAACAGCCCCGCAAGUUGGAGCAUGUGAUUAAGGUGACCCAUGCAUGUCUCAAUCCUCAGGACCCGUCACCAGACACCAGGAGUGAUACAUACCUGCAACAAGCCCAAGACCUGGUCAUUCUUGAGAGCAUUAUACUCCAGACCCUGGCAUUUGAGAUCACCAUUGAUCAUCCUCACACACAUGUUGUCAAGUGUACCCAGCUUGUGCGAGGUGAGAACCAGCUGCUCACUGUAAACUGUGCUUCGUAUUGCUCAGUAAUGGGUUCUUCUAGCCCACCAAGCUCACAGAUUUCAAGUCUGAUUAUGAGCCUUCCAUUUGUUCUUCCAGCGAGUAAAGACUUAGCUCAGACCUCAUACUUCAUGGCAACAAACAGUCUCCACUUGACUACAUUCUGCCUGCAGUACAGCCCGCCUAUCGUAGCUUGUGUUUGUAUUCAUCUGGCCUGCAAAUGGUCCAACUGGGAGAUUCCGGUUUCCACAGACAGCAAACACUGGUGGGAGUAUGUUGACCCCACGGUGACCCUUGAGCUGUUGGAUGAGCUCACUCAUGAGUUCCUGCAGAUCUUGGAGAAGACGCCCAGCCGCUUAAAACGUAUCAGAAACUGGAAAGCUGCAGGUCAAACUGCCAAGAAAUCAAAAGUGCAAGAUGGUGAUCAGUCAGAAGCCAUUAUGAAUAUGAUCUCCAUGGCAUCGGCUGACAGCACGUUGGCUGGGUUGAUGAGCCUCUCCGCCCCACCCUCCGGUUCCUCCAUGGACUCCUCAGCCGAUGACCACAGCGCUGCUCCCUCAUCCCAACACUGGCAGCCUCCUGCCAAGGAGCAGCCCACUAUCAACGAGCUUCACGCGCCUGCUAAGUUGUCUCUGAGCGAGUAUCGAGUGAAACACGCAGACGAGCUGGCGGCGCAGAAGCGGAAGUUGGAGAACAUGGAGGCAAGUGUGAAACAGGGAUACGCCACUGCCGCCCAGGCCCUCAUGAACCAGCAGAGAAAGGAGAAGCACCAUCACCACCAGCAGUCCAGCUCUAGUUCCUCAGACCUAAAAAAACCCUCACCUAUCAUCCUGAAGAUCCCGCUGGACGAGCGAUCGGAACACAGUUCCAUAAAAAUGCGCUUCCCAGUGCCAGGCCAAUCAGGCAGCGGGGGGCACAGCAGCAGUAGCAGCAGUCGAGGAUCCGAGCAGGACAUUAAAGUGCGGAUCCGAGUUCCAGAAAGGCGAAGUGGCUCCGGAGAAGAUGGGAAAAAUCGCGAGAAACACCGAGAGCGGUCCAACCACCACCAUCAUCGCCAUCACCACCACCACUCCUCCUCUUCCGCCACCGGCUCUUUAUCAACAUCGUCUUCCUCAUCCUCAGCACAAAAACACUCGAGUUCUGCCAGCGCGUCGGGAAGUAGCAAAAAGGUCUCGGGUGAUUCUGUGCGAACAAGUUCGUCGUCAUCAUCCCGAAAAAGGACCCACUUGCCGGAUCCUCCUUCCGGCAGCCAUCUCUCGAAAGUUAGCAAAUCGUCCAGAAACUCGUUUCAGUUGCCGACGCUUACCGGAGUGCCCUCCCACGCGAUGGGUCAGGGGUCCGACAUCCUUCCCUCGCUGAGCCUCUCGCACCAUCAGGGAAACUAUUCGCACUCCAAGUCGGACAAAGCCGACAUGAACGGACACAAUACAGGCAGCCAGUCCAACGAAUACCAGGACACGUUUGACAUGUUGAACUCGCUGCUCAGUGCGCAGGGCGUUCAGCCGGCGCAACCUCAGAUGUUUGACUAUCGCUCUCAGUACGGAGACUAUCGGUAUAGCAGUAGCGCUCGCGGAGGAACCCAGGCGCCACCUUUACCCUCAGAACCACCUCCACCUCUGCCGCCACUGCCCAAAUAAACCCCUUUCCGCCUGAUCAAAUCAGCCGUCUUGGGAAUCCUGGGUUCCUUUUGUGCAUCUAACUUUGUGAUAUUGAGUUUGACAGCAGAGUAAUGUAAGGCAAAAAAUGCACCUGGUGAAUCUUUGCCCUCAUGUUGUCUUGCGUUUUGUGCGAGCGAGUGUGUUCACAACACCCAUCUGUGGCAAUAAUGUUAUAAUAGAACAAAAUAUUGCAAAAAAAAAAAGCAAAAAUGUUAUUUAUUGAAAACAAAUUGUACAUACUAUUUUUGAUGUUGCUCAAUUUUAUAUCAGCGCUAACAGAAAAGCAUAUUGGAAUUAAGUGUAUGUAUGUAUUACUGAAUGAAAGGGGCCCAUUGUCCUCUUUAAAAAGUGUAACUGAAUGCAAAAAAAGGAAAAUGUUUUUGUUUUAUGUAUUGAUUUAUGUCUUGCUAAAAAUAUAUGUCUUUUUUAUCGAGUAUGGUAUUUAUUAUUAGCCUUUUUUAAAAAAAACAUAGUUAUUAGCAGUCGUUGCUUGAAUGCGUCAGACGAUAUCUGGAUUUAUUUUUAUACUGUUGUAACCUGCUUCCCAGUCUGUAUUUACUUGACACGUCAUGUAUGUUUUGAGAAUGGACAUACGAAUCCCCAAUAUUUGCAUCAAAAUGUAUGUUUCUAAUAUAUGAACAGUCACUGAAGUAAUGUUUUGAUUUUGUUUGGUAAAUAUUUGUGGUGUCAUUUUUGUAACCUUCAGCUUUGUAUUAAUUCUGUAAAUGGACUAUUUUUACAUUUUUUUCCAAAACAAAAUAUGCCUAAUUUCGGGAAAGUGUGUGUAGUAGACCUAUGGUUCUAGAUUCAGAGUCCGAUGCAGUCAUUGUUUUAAAUGGUUGUAGAAUAUCACGCUCAUAUAUGAUACACUAUACACAACUGUAUGUCCAGCUUGUACUCAUUUCAUUCUUGUAUUUCAGUUUUUUAUUUCACAAACCCAAAUGCUGUCAGAUACAGGCUAUUUGUCAUUUUAGGAUGUAACUGACUUAUAAAUGGCCUUUAAACUUGAGUGAAAAUGAAUCCGUGAUGGGUAAAAAAACAAUCCAAUGAAUUAUCUUUCCACCAGUUUUCAGUGGAACUAACUUUUUUGUCGUUCUUUGGAAAAAAAAAAAAAACAUUACAACCUUGACAACCUUCAUUUUUGGAUGACUGUCUCUUUAAAAAUGCCGUGUCUUCAAAGGUCUGUUAGGUAUUUGUUAUCUGUCUAUUUGAACACUCAAAUCAACACUUGCAGAGCGAAAGGCGGAAAUGCUGACCGCUCCUGUUUAUUUGUUGUAAUACCUCCACUUAUGUUUAACCCUGUGAUUGCAUCAAGGUCGUUUUUUCGUGUUUGGGAAUGACAAUGAUAAGCCAUCCGGUUCCGGUCCUGACUCAUGAAAUUAAAACUGGUGGGAACUUAAA